GUUUCGCCCACAGUUUUCCACGAUCCCUAUGUGCAGAGUAAUGCCAGCAGAUAGCAGGGAGCGCCGCUCAUUCACUUCCAGGUGCAGUCCACAGCGGUCCAGUCACAAUUCAACACGAACUGCUUUCGGCCUGAUAAAUGCGCAUGCGCACUACGACUGACCCCUCCGGUUUUUGCGUGCGAUGCCACGUUAGUAGCGGUAGUCACGAAAUACCAGCUACUCGCCCAGCCUUAAACAACGACAAAAACCAGAACCAAGACCAGUGUCGCUGCCAACCCGUAGCCGACCGUGUCUCUAGCUCGCGUCCCACUGUCAAGAAGAAUACUUGACGGCAACUAUGUUUAAGUUUCUGCUCAUCUGCACACUGGCUGUGGCCAGCAGAGCCGAGGUCGCCGAGGAAGAAGACGUCCUGGUGCUGAAGAAGAGUAACUUGGAAGAGGCUCUCAAGGCUCAUCCCAACAUAUUGGUGGAAUUCUAUGCUCCAUGGUGUGGUCACUGCAAGGCCCUGGGUCCAGAGUUCGCCAAAGCCGCUGGCACACUGAAGGCAGAGGGUUCGGCGGUCCGCCUGGGUAAGGUGGACGCCACAGAGGAGACAGAGCUGGCCCAAGAGUACGGUGUCCGGGGAUACCCCACCAUCAAGUUCUUCAAGGGUGGAGAGAAGGAGUCACCCAAAGAGUACUCUGCUGGCAGACAGGCAGAUGACAUCGUCAACUGGCUGAAGAAGCGCACUGGCCCGGCCGUCGACACCCUCGCCGAAGUUACUGAGGCAGAGUCUCUGAUCGCUGACAAUGAGGUGGCAGUCAUCGGAUUCUUUAAGGAUGCCAACUCUGCCGACGCUAAGGCCUACGAAAAAGCUGCUGAAACCACAGACGACAUUCCUUUCGCCAUUACCAGUGACGAUGCUAUUUUCUCCAAGUACGAGGUGUCCAAGGACAGCGUUAUCCUCUUCAAGAAGUUUGAUGAAGGGCGCAAUACCUUUGAUGGAGAGCUGACCAAAGAAAACCUUCUUGCUUUUGUCAAGUCCAACCAGCUGCCUCUGGUUAUCGAGUUCACAGAGCAGACCGCCCCUAAAAUCUUCGGAGGAGAAAUCAAGUCCCACAUUCUCAUGUUUCUGCCCAAAACUGCUCCAGACUUCCAGGACAAAAUGGACCAGUUUAAGAAAGCUGCAGAAGGAUUCAAGGGUCAGAUCCUGUUCAUUUUCAUCGACAGUGAUGUGGACGACAACCAGCGCAUCCUGGAGUUCUUCGGCCUGAAGAAGGAGGAAUGCCCUGCCAUCCGCCUCAUCACCCUGGAGGAUGAGAUGACCAAGUACAGGCCUGAGAGUGAAACCAUCACAGCAGAGGCCAUCAUUGGUUUCUGCAAACUGUUCAUUGAGGGCAAACUCAAGCCCCACCUCAUGAGUCAAGACAUCCCUGAAGACUGGGACAAUACCCCUGUCAAGAUUUUGGUCGGCAAGAACUUUGAGGAGAUCGCCUUCCAUCCUUCUAAGAAUGUCUUUAUUGAAUUCUAUGCACCUUGGUGUGGACACUGCAAACAGCUGACGCCCAUCUGGGAGAAGCUGGGAGAGAAGUAUAAGGACAGUGCUGACAUCAUCGUGGCUAAGAUGGACUCCACAGCCAAUGAGAUCGAGUCCGUCAAAGUCCACAGCUUCCCCACUCUUAAGUUCUUCCCUGCAGGAGAUGAGCGCAUAGUGAUUGAUUAUAACGGGGAGAGAACACUUGAAGGCUUCACCAAGUUCCUUGAGAGUGGCGGUAAGGAGGGCGGUGCCCCUGCAGGAGACGACGAUGACGAUCUGGACGCAGAGGAUUUGGAUGAUGUGGACGAAGGACAGGACACGGCCUCUGAUGGUGAGGACGAUGAACAUGACGAGUUGUAAGAGCUGGCAGAAGUGAGCGAGAGAGAGGAGACAAGUCGAGUCCCGCCCCAACCCUUCCAACCAGUCACCUUCCCUGUCCUGUGAACAUUAAUACUUUCCCUUAAACUGCCUCUCAGUCAGUCAGCCUGCCUGCUGGCCAGCCCGCCAGUUGGUCAGUCAGUCCAUCGGUGGCGUGGCAGGGCCUUUUUGCCAGCCACAUUUCCAAACCUUGCAACUUCUGGCCAGACUUGUCUUGUCUCACCUUGGGGACUCUGUGGAACAGCGCAGCACCUCUAUGGGAGACCUCAAUGCCUUCUCUACAAAGCUCCACAUCAGCUGUUUGCCUUGUAUAUUUUAAACCAAAUGUAAAAAUGGCAUUGAGAUACAGUUUUCAAAAAAAAUUUCAGUUGACUUUACUCCCCUCUUAAAGAGAAAAAAAGCCUUGUCAUUGUUCAGUAUGAGCUAACCUGUUGUAACCUGUAUUUUUAGGUAAGGGGGGGCUGCCAAUGUUUUUUUCCCUCAGAUGAAAAUCCAGAGGAUUUGUGUGGUUGUUGGCAAGGACUAAUCUCUCAGGGGACAUGGGGCCAUCCUAAUAGAUGUGUUUAUUUCUCAAUGUCUUCACUAAGAUAAACCCCACAGAGCUUGUCCGGUGUAGCACAAAGGACCCACCCCCAUAUGUAGCUGAGACCAAUUAUUUUCCUUCUUGUGGUGGGGAGAACUCUACUUUGUUUUCAUUUCUUCAUUACCAAAUAAUUUCUCAGUUCAGUCUCCUCAUUUAAGCACGGCUACUGACUUUUUCUAAAGGAACAGAGGUUAACUUUUUUAGGGAAAAUCCCAUUUUAUUUAAUUGCUUUCACUGAGUUUUUCCUUUUUUUAUUUUAUUUAGGACUGUUUUUAAUGGUGUACCAUUGUGCCCAGCUGUAGCCAGCUGGCCCUGUUGGUGCAGAGUUGACCCUCGGACACACUCUCAGACCUGGGAUGUUUUUUUGAGCCAGUUCUGAUAGGUUGCACUGCAUUCAUGCCUAAUCAGAGAUUCACUGUGGUUGCUAAAACGGACAGAGAUUGGUCCAGUUUACUGGUCGGGUUGGUUUGAGAGAAGUGUCUCUUUAUAUCUGAAGUGGGAGGGAACAAUUGCACAGCCCCACUCCUCACCUGUACCUCCUUUGGCUCUACCCAACACCCUUGUUGCCACAGCAGUGCGAGUGUGAAAAGUGUGCUGUUUAAAUGUAUGGGAAUUGUGCGAGUUGAAUGACUAGUUCAUAGUGUGUGUGUGUGUGGCAGGGAGGCUUGAGUAGAGCAAGGUGAUGGGGUUUCACAGCUACAGUGGUGCGGGAAACUAAAUAUAGCAUUCCAUCAUAUCCAAAUUGAUGUGGGAAAAUGGGAAAUGGUGGCCAAUAAACAAAUAAAAAAAA